UUUAAAUUCUACCACUUUCCCUCCAAAAGGCAAAAGUUCCUAAAUAAGGACACUUUGAUCGUUACAAUUUGCAUUCUCACAAGGAAGCAAGCAACGAACAUGGCAUCAAAGCAAAUAGCAAGUCACCGAGAAGGGGCUGAGAUCUACCAUGGAGCGGCUCUUUGCAAGCAAAAAACGCAUGAGCUCCUCGACCACUUCCAUCUGCCUAAAGGGUUGAUGCCUUUGAGCAACCUCGUCGAGGUCGGGUUCAACCGGACCACAGGCUUCAUCUGGCUGAAACAGCACAAGACUUUCAAGUAUUGGUUCAAGGACCUUGGAGUCUCCUCAUAUGGUCCCCAGAUUACGGCGUUUAUUGAGGAUCGUCGGAUGCGAAAGUUGACAGGUGUCAAAAUUCUGAUAUUUCUGUGGAUCAUACUAAUCCUACCAAAAUCACUUCUACGACUCCCAUGGGAUUGUCAAAGAGUUUUCCGGUACAGCGUUUGAAGAGGAGGCCGAAGAAAUGAAAUGACUUUUUUAUCAACGGAUCUAAAGGAUUAUCACAUAAAUUAACAUGGAGACAAUAUUUUAAAAUAUUUUAACUCUGUUUAAUAAAGUUUAAAAACCGUCACCAAUAAU